GAUAAAUUGUGUAUAAAUGAAUGAUUAAGUGCUGCUUCUGGUCAUUCUUUCAAUAUUGUCCACACGACUUAGUCGCUUCAAAACCGUCUCUUCUUGCAUACUUGACUACUUGCUGAUCUCCGUUAGUCUCGGAGAUUUCUAUACUCGCUUGUUAACUCCGCAUGGCUGAAGUCUGCAACCUCGAUAUGGCCGAAGCAGUCGAGAAGCCUGUUCCUGGAAAAGAGGAGAAGAAAGUGGAGAAAGACCGUUUACCGGCUGUCAAUGAUGAAAUCCACGCCGACGACAAGAAGUAUAAAUUAAAGCAAAAGCUGGGUGAUGGUGGUUACGGAAUCGUCUUUCUCAGCGAAGAUGGUAAUAGGCCCGUAGCAGUGAAAACAGAAAAAUACAGUAAAUCUAUGUUGCAUAUAGAGGUUGGUGUUCUGAAAGCAGCUAAUGCGGCAAAAGCAAAACAUUUUUGUGAAUUGAUAGAUUACGGAUCCAACAAACCGGAUUAUGUGUAUGUCGUCAUGACAUUACUAUACAAGGACUUGCAUAAGCUCAGAUCCGAAAUGCCAAAUCGGAAGUUCCAUUUGAGUACGUCCCUGAGGCUAGCCAUGCAGGCUCUAAAGGCUGUCGAAGAGCUUCAUAAAAUUGGAUAUUUGUCACGCGAUAUAAAGCCAGGGAAUUUUGCUCCCGGGCAAAAGUGUAACAAACAGUCGAAAAUUAUAUUCCUCUAUGAUUUUGGGCUAGCACGAAAGUAUCUAGACAAGAAUGGGGUUGUGAUUCCACCACGUAAAGAUAUUGGUUGGAGAGGCACAACAAGAUACGGCAGUCUUACAGCACAUCGUCGACAGGAUCUUGGAAGACGGGACGACUUGGAAAGUUGGUUUUAUAUGUCGAUUGAAAUGACAAGAGGUACACUGCCAUGGAGACUCGUGACAGAUCGUGCUGCCGUACAAGCAGCCAAGCAAGCAGCUCGAGCAGCCGGACGCAUUCAGUUCUUGUUUGAAACACCCAAGCAAUAUGACCAAAUCCUCACCAUAAUCGAUUCAUAUGUAUUCGAUUCAGUCCCAGAUUACGAGAAAAUAUACAAAUUACUCGAGGAGGUCCGUGAAGAGAAGGGCAUUCGGAUGAAUGACCAAUGGGAUUGGGAAGAUGAAGAGUCACAGUCGAACACAACAAAUACAGUUACUAGUUAUUCGGAGCGAGAACUGAAGGCUAAAAAAGAUUGAUUGCAAAGAGAAAAGUCAUUUGUCAUUAGAAAAUUCUCGAUUACUUGAUGCUGAUCUAUUCCUUCAAUAGCUUGUUUGCCAGCUUGAAUGUCGUGUUUUUUGGCGGGUUGAUAAAGAUUGCGAGGUUUA